AAAGCCCGGAGGCGCGCGCGACCGGCGGCUCCUUGGCGCGGAUUAAGGGGACUCGGCGAGGAAAGCUUCGUUGUAUGUGUUGGCCGGUUCUGAAGUCUUGAAGAAGUUUUGUGCUGAGGAAGACCAAAGCAGCACUUGUUGCCUAUUAGGGAAUGGACCGUUUGGGUUCCUUUAGCAAUGAUCCCUCUGAUAAACCACCUUGCCGAGGCUGCUCCUCCUACCUCAUGGAGCCUUAUAUCAAGUGUGCUGAAUGUGGGCCACCUCCUUUUUUCCUCUGCUUGCAGUGUUUCACUCGAGGGUUUGAGUACAAGAAACAUCAAAGCGAUCAUACUUAUGAAAUAAUGACCUCAGAUUUUCCUGUCCUGGAUCCCAGCUGGACUGCUCAAGAAGAAAUGGCCCUUUUAGAAGCUGUAAUGGACUGUGGCUUUGGAAAUUGGCAGGAUGUAGCCAAUCAGAUGUGCACCAAGACCAAGGAGGAGUGUGAGAAGCACUAUAUGAAGCAUUUCAUCAAUAACCCUCUGUUUGCAUCUACCCUGCUUAACCUGAAACAAGCAGAGGAAGCAAAAACUGCUGACACAGCCAUUCCAUUUCACUCUACAGAUGACCCUCCCCGACCUACCUUUGACUCCUUGCUUUCUCGGGACAUGGCCGGGUACAUGCCAGCUCGAGCAGAUUUCAUUGAGGAAUUUGACAAUUAUGCAGAAUGGGACUUGAGAGACAUUGAUUUUGUUGAAGAUGACUCGGACAUUUUACAUGCUCUGAAGAUGGCUGUGGUAGAUAUCUAUCAUUCCAGGUUAAAGGAGAGACAAAGACGAAAAAAAAUUAUAAGAGACCAUGGAUUAAUCAACCUUAGAAAGUUUCAAUUAAUGGAACGGCGGUAUCCCAAGGAGGUCCAGGACCUUUAUGAAACAAUGAGGCGAUUUGCAAGAAUUGUGGGGCCAGUGGAACAUGACAAAUUCAUUGAAAGCCAUGCAUUGGAAUUUGAACUCCGAAGGGAAAUCAAGAGGCUCCAAGAAUACAGGACAGCAGGCAUUACCAAUUUUUGUAGUGCCAGAACCUACGAUCACCUCAAGAAGACACGGGAGGAAGAGCGCCUUAAACGCACUAUGCUCUCAGAAGUUCUCCAGUAUAUCCAAGACAGUAGCGCUUGCCAGCAGUGGCUCCGCCGGCAAGCUGACAUUGAUUCCGGCCUGAGUCCUUCCAUUCCAAUGGCUUCGAAUUCAGGUAGACGGAGUGCACCACCCUUGAACCUCACUGGCCUCCCUGGCACAGAGAAGCUGAAUGAAAAAGAAAAGGAGCUCUGUCAGAUGGUGAGGUUGGUCCCUGGAGCCUAUUUAGAAUACAAAUCUGCUCUAUUGAACGAAUGUAACAAGCAAGGAGGCUUAAGACUGGCGCAGGCAAGAGCGCUCAUCAAGAUAGAUGUGAACAAAACCCGGAAAAUCUAUGAUUUCCUCAUCCGAGAAGGAUACAUCACUAAAGGCUGAGGCUCCAAGGGCUUGGGAUCAGAAGUCAGAAGUUUGGAAUGUGGUGGGUCAAAGGACAGUGUGGGUGGGCAUUCUGGAGAGUUUUGUUUUUCAGCUGAAUUCUCAUUGUGAAAAGAGGGGAAAGGACAAAGGAAACCUUAAGUUGUAUUAAGUCUACUUUCUUUUCCAUCCUGCUUUAAAACACUCCUGUUGUUGGUAUUGUGCUGCAGAGUUGUGUGCUAGAUAAGCUAUUAUUAAAUGUGAGUGGGCAUUCAUUCCUAACACCUCUUGUAACUAAAAGAACCAUAGUACCUCACUUCACAGUGCUGGUAGAAAUAGAACUAAACCACAGUCUUUAGUCCCAGGAGUCCGGCUCAGAUCCUUAUAUUGUGAGGUAAGUUUGCUGCUUAUCUGCCUUGCCUUCAAACACUGCGGACAGAUUUAAAAUAAAGAGAAAGGUUUUAGAGC